ACUUCAUGAGUUGUAACCUGCGCUGCUCUCUGCUGCGUGCUGCCACUUAUCAGGCAUUUUGUCUCUGACAACUGCUCUGCGCGCAUCAGAUAGCUCCUCUGAACUGCUGCACUGUGGCACGACCGAAAACUUCAGCUGACAUUUAUUAAGGACCUGUGGAGGAACUUCAGAGACAACUGCUGCUGAUAACAUUAUGCAUCCGAUUAGUGGGGCCAUAGUGUGCCUCAGUGUUUUGGGGGCAGUAAAGUUGCUGUCUCUCCCCUUGUUCUGGGGACUCCCGGUGGGGCUGGUGCUCUGUAUGGCCUCGAGGGGUUUCUGUAAGUUCCUUCAUGUGGCUCUACGCACCAUCAAAAGAGACUUAAUGUGUCUGGUUGUCAUACUGCGAGUGAGGUUUUCCAUGAAGAGUAAUGUGCGAAAAAGAAGUACUAUCCCUUCCCUGUUUGCCCAGAUAGUGACACGUUACCCCGACAAACCAGCCUUGAUCUACGAGGCCACAGGAGAGGUCUGGAGUUUCAGGGAGCUACAGGAGCGAUGCCAUGCUGUGGCACACUGGGCGCUGGCACAAGGCUGGGCUGAGGGUGAUGUGGUGGCCUUGUACAUGGAGAGCCAGCCUCUAGUGGUGGCUCUGUGGCUGGGUCUCGCUGAGGUUGGCGUGGAGGCCGCACUCAUCAACCACAACCUUCGACAGCGCUCGCUGCUGCACUGCGUCAGUGUGUCCGGUGCUCGGGCAUUGGUGUUUGGGACGGAGCUGACGGAAGCUGUGUCAGAGGUGAGCAGCUCUCUGCAGCCCAGCAUGGUUUUGUUCAGCUGUGGCGAGCAGCGGCAGCAGCAGCAGCAGCAGCAGGACGAAGAGGAGGUGAAGCUUCGCAGCCUCCGUGUCCAGAACCUUGACGCCCUGCUGGCCAGUUCACCCAAACACCCGCCAAACUACACGCUCAGGAAGGAAUUUAACGACAGACUCUUUUACAUCUACACUUCUGGUACAACAGGAAUGCCAAAGGCAGCUGUGGUGGUGCACAGUCGGUACUUUCGCAUCGCUGCCUUUGGUUUCCACUCCUUCGGCAUGCGACAUGAUGACAUCAUAUACAACUGCCUCCCCCUGUAUCAUUCUGCUGGAACCAUCAUGGGUGUAGGACAGUGUUUGCUCUUUGGUUUGACUGUUGUAAUCAGGAGGAAGUUCUCGGCCACUCACUUCUGGGAUGACUGUGUUAAAUACAACUGCACUGUGACCCAGUACAUAGGUGAGAUCUGCCGUUACCUGUUGGCUCAGCCGGUCCGCCCAUCUGAGGCGCAUCAUCGAGUCCGUGUUGCCUUUGGUAACGGCCUCCGUCCCUCUGUGUGGGAAGAGUUUGUCCAGAGAUUCAGAAUCCGAAGAGUUGGGGAAUUUUAUGGUGCCACCGAAUGCAACUGCAGCCUGAUCAACAUAGAUGGAAAGGUGGGGUCGUGUGGCUUCAGCAGCCGCAUCCUGCCCGACUUCUACCCCAUCAGACUGGUCAGGAUGCAUGAGGACGGGAAACUGCACAGGGAUUCACAAGGACUCUGUGUACCUUGUCCUCCUGGUGAGCCAGGAAUGCUAAUGGGCCUCAUCAACCCUGCUGAUCCGCUCAGGAGAUUCGAUGGUUACGCCGAUCAGGAUUCCACCAAUCAGAAAAUAGUUCACAAUGUCUUCAAGAUGGGAGACUCUGCUUAUAUCUCAGGUGACGUGCUGGUGAUGGACGAAUAUGGCUACAUGUAUUUCAGAGACCGCAGUGGCGACACGUUUCGAUGGCGAGGGGAGAAUGUGUCCACCACAGAGGUGGAGGGCGUCCUCAGUGGCCUGCUGGGACACUCUGAUGUCGCUGUCUAUGGAGUUUCUGUCCCAGGUGUGGAGGGAAAGGCUGGCAUGGCAGCGAUCGCUCCCGCAGGAGGCCCGUUUGACAUUGACGCCUUCACGAUCGCUGUACAGAAAGCCCUGCCCUCCUACGCACGACCCGUGUUCCUUCGGCUCAUGCCAUCUGUUGACACAACAGGUACAUUCAAAAUUCAGAAGAUGCGGCUACAGAGAGAGGGAUACAGGCCCCAAGAGUCGAGUGAAGACAUGUAUUUUCUGAACAGUCGUGCCGGGAGUUAUGAGCCUGUUACUGAUGAACUGUACAGCGCCAUCAUGGAGGGAGAGGUGUGUCUAUGAGGCAGGAGGAUAGAUAGGUGGACUGUUGAAGAGGAUAGUAUGAACUGUAUAUUUCAAAGUGAAAGAAAGAAAGAAAAUACACGGAUAUAUUUCUCUACUAGUAAUGACUACAUCCUGAUAAACCCUGGUGACUCUGGAAACAUGGAUGUGUCACUGUUUUUUGUUUUUGAUAUGGAUUGGAUUCCUGCAUCAAUAAGACAAACGUGUGAUAUGUGGAAUCGAUGAUCGAAGAUCACACAAUUCUCCAUGGACUACAGUACUUCAAGCUGUUUAUGAGGAAGCUGAAUUACGUAUUAUAUGUAUUGAAAUCAUUUAUCAUGCAGCUUGAACACAAUAAGAAGAAAGUUACGUACUGCAUUUGAAAAAAAAAAAAGCUCCAAAAAUGUUAUGCUAAAAUCAAUAUUACAUUACAUUACAUUACAUUUCAUUUAGCUGACGCUUUUAUCCAAAGCGACUUACAAUAUUACAAUAUUCCGAACAUAUAUUCAAUUCAAGCACACUCGUAUGUAACAGCAACCUUAUCUAGGAGUCAUUGCCCAGAUUUGGCUUACAUCCUACAUCCCACAUCAGGCCCACAUACCGCGUGACAUGAUGGCACUUGAACGGUCUGCCCAGAUCUGGGCCAAAAGUAAGUCAUAACAAUACCGCAUGUCAACCAAAGGUGGAAUUAGAAUUAGUUGUGUGCUAUUUGGGCCAUAUUCACCAUUUACCGCAUAGGCCACUUAAGGUUCACAUCCAGAUUACACCUUGCCUAGAGCACUGUAUGUUUGCCAAAAAAGGCCCACAUUUGUUUUGGAAUAUUUGGGCCACAUUUGCUAUUUCACAAGUGAAAUGGCUCACAGCCAUUUUGUUGGGGCCAUAAGAAAGCCAGAAGAGCAGCAUGAUUCCCUGAAGUGGCCCACAGCCGUAUGCUGUCUGGGAAAGGUCUGUGGUUGCACAGCUGAGAAUAGGAAUCCUUCCUCUGGACUUGGAAGUUGGUUGAUUUAAAAACAUCACAGAGGACAACAUUAUAUUACAUUACAUAUCAUUUAGCUGAUGCUUUUAUUCAAGAUGUGUAGACUUUCUGCUGUCCUGAUGUCAAUGGGGAGCUCGUUCCACCAUUUAGGAGCCAGGACAGCAAACAGUCGUGAUUUUGUUAAGUGGACAGACUGUGUGAGACUUCUGUAUUGUCCUUAUUAUGAAAUAAUAAAUUAAUAUGAAUAGAUCAUAAAUCCAUAUUACAUGGAAUGUCAGUUCAAAAUCCACAAAUGUCCACGUGCACUGAUGAUAGAAUGGUUGUUUGUACACAUACAUAUAUUAACCAAAUGUAAUGCACUGACUGUAAUAUACUAUGUGUUCAUGUAAUUCCAUAUCCUGUAAAAUACAUUUAAUAAAACAUACUGAAGCCUG